AUGGAUGAUGCGAAAGCGCUCAAGAUUGGGAUGUAUACGGCGAAGUCCCAUUUGAUUGCUACGUUCCUUGUCACUCUCUUUCUCGGUUUCAACCUCGUACUUUGCUUCGUCUGCGUACAGAUACUCGUCAACAGGCGGUAUAGCGGCGUAGCCAAUUCUGGUCGGCUGAUCUUCGCGACUCUCCUUCAAAUGUGCAUCUGCGUCGGGCACGCCUCGACUUACCUCUACGGGGCGAUGCAAGCCUACAUACACAAUGGAUCGGAAGCGUAUGGAGCUGCGAGGUACCUCAACGACCACUGGGCGGUUGGGUGGAAGGCCGUCCAGCUUGGGUUCUUUACGGCGAACGAUGUCUGUUACAACACGAUCUUGAUCUGGCGCUGUCACGUCGUGAUGAACUCUAGUUGGCGGUAUACCAUCCCUUUAAUCGUUGUGGCCACGGCCUCCGCAGUGGGAGGCUUUGGCACAGCCGUCUCAGCGGCCCGACUCCCCACAGACACUGGACCCAUCACAUUCUUCCGAACAAUAGUCCCAUACCUCACCGUCUUCAACUUGACAUCUUGCGUCGUACAAGUCGUCGCUUCCUCGCUCAUCGCCUGGAGGGUGUGGGCAGUGGUUACGCGCGACGCUGAUGCCAAACCUCGCUCGUGUGGGUUCUGCGUCGGCGCGGAGGGCGCGGCGUUGCGGAUUGUUAUCGAAUCGGGCGUCAUGCGCACGAUGUGCGGUAUCCUGUUGCUGCCGCUUGUCUGGAGACACAAUAUAGCUGGCGUUAUCGUCGCUGCUGUAGCGGCGCAGGUAGACGCAACGGCGUCUUACCUGAUCAUCAUACGCACCGACUCCCUACGCUCAAAUGAGCGCCGGCGGGGAACCACGAACUUUCUAUCUAGUGUACGAGUCGACUCCUUCCAGCUGGUUGAGGCAUGCAACACGCGACCGCAAAGUCUCACAUCGCAAUCUCGAAGCUUUCAGGCUACGAAGUCCAAGGACGUCACACAGCAACGACGCAGGACGAUGAGCAGUAUCCAAGAGUAUAUCGCUUGA